AUGUCAUCUCAAGAUAAGAAAACACCAACAGUGAUUGCACCCAUGUACAAGCUCACAGCGACCCAUGCGCUGGAGCUAAUUAACAACAAUACUAUCUCAGUGGAAGAAUAUGCCAAAUCGCUCUUGGACCGCAUAGAGGAGCGGGACCUCGCAGCUAAAGCAUGGGCUUACCUAGAUGCGGUGCUUUAUGGACUAUUGACACUUGUAAUUGGAACGCUGACACUGAAUAGAUCCUGUUUAUGUACUGAGCCAGGCGCGAGCCCUCGACAAGGUUCCAGUAAACAAGAGGGGCCUCUGCAUGGUCUUCCAAUCGGUAUCAAAGACAUCAUGAACACUAAAGGUAUUUGCAAGUUCCAUACAUGCCGACGCAAUAUGGAUCUCCGAUUUAUCAAGGACACUAACCAGACUCCGACUCGUCCGCAGUCCGUGACCAACUCAGAACCCGAGACGACCAAUCCUCACGACCCAAACCGUACUCCAGGUGGCUCGUCGUGUGGCUCUGCAACAACUAUAGCUGAUCUACAAAUACCACUUAGUGUUGGAUCACAGACUGGUGGUAGCGUCAUUCAUCCAGCAUCAUCCACUGGCAUCUUCGCUGUAAAACCGACAUUCAAUGCUAUUUCAGUCAAAGGCUAG